UCCACUGUCUGAAGAGUUACUGUAUCCCCAGCGCCGCCGAGAAUGGGGAGGGGACGGCUGGCUUCCUCUUACAGGCAAAUGACCGGCCGUAGAGUGCGUUUUUAAGGGGUGAUGUCAGAGAACUUAAACUGGAGCAGCCAAACACGCUCUCUACCUCAACGACGCGUUUCUCCUGUUGACGACGGCUCUGUAGCACACCCAGCUCACUCCUGUCCUACUGGGAGGGGGGGCUGGCCGGCGGGAGACACUUAUUAAUUAUGAACGUGAAGAUGUCCCUUUAAGGUCUGCUGUGCUCUCCAAGAGCGGCAUCCGGAGGCUUAGUGGGGUAGACUUGGCUUUAUUUGUACAUCCUAGAGCCGGGCUAGUUUUUCGGGGAGGUUUCCAAAGCUCAGAGGUCUUUGGGGGGUGGGUGGGAGGAAAGUUGUGUGCAGGCAGGAAACUAAAUUCUUCUUGAUGCGAAGAAACAAACGUAAAGACCGAAUAACAAACAGGAAAUGCCUAACUCGGCGGCGAGGCGGACGGGCGGUGCAGAGCACUGAGCUCCUUCGGCAGCGCCGCUCCGCCGGCGGCAGGACCGCUCCCGCCACCGCGACUCUCCACCCGGGCUUCCAGCCCCGGGCUCGCAGGAGCCCUGGCAUGGCCGCCUCCUACUGGAUGCUGACAGCUCUCUUUCACCUUGUCCACACUUCCAAUGUUGAUGUGAAAAAUGCAAUGACCUUCAGUGGGCCUCUGGAAGACAUGUUUGGGUACACAGUCCAGCAGUAUGAAAAUGAGGAAGGGAAAUGGGUACUUAUUGGUUCACCGUUAGUUGGCCAACCUGAGAAAAGAACAGGCGAUGUCUACAAAUGCCCUGUAGGAAGGGACAGCCAGUCACCCUGCAUAAAACUGAACUUGCCAGUUGCUACUUCAGUUCCUAAUGUUGUGGAAGUAAAAGAAAACAUGACUCUUGGAACAACCUUAGUGACUAACCCAAAAGGAGGGUUUCUGGCAUGUGGACCACUUUAUGCUUAUAAAUGUGGACGUUUGCAUUACACAACUGGCGUUUGCUCUAAUGUCAGCUCCACUUUUGAAACCAUUGAGGCCAUUGCUCCAUCUGUGCAAGAGUGUAAAACCCAGUUGGACAUCAUCAUAGUCCUCGAUGGGUCUAACAGCAUUUAUCCGUGGGAGAGUGUCACAGCCUUUCUAAACAGCCUCCUGAACAACAUGGAUAUAGGCCCUCAGCAAACACAGGUUGGAAUUGUUCAGUACGGACAGACUGUAGUCCAUGAAUUUUACCUGAAUACAUACUCGACAACAGAAGAUGUUAUGGCUGCAGCCACAAGGAUACGCCAGCGAGGUGGCACGCAAACUAUGACAGCCCUGGGAAUAGACACGGCAAGGAAAGAAGCUUUCACAGAGGCUCAUGGUGCACGAAGAGGAGUACAAAAAGUAAUGGUUAUUGUUACUGAUGGGGAAUCACAUGACAACUACAGAUUACAAGACGUGAUUGAUGAUUGUGAAGAUGAAAACAUUCAGAGAUUUGCUAUUGCUAUUCUUGGCAGCUAUAGCAGAGGAAAUUUAAGUACUGAAAAAUUUGUAGAGGAAAUAAAAUCAAUUGCCAGUAAGCCUACUGAAAAGCAUUUUUUCAAUGUCUCAGAUGAAUUAGCUCUUGUAACUAUUGUUGAAGCACUUGGAGAAAGAAUAUUUGCCCUGGAAGCCACAACAGACCAGCAGGCCUCCUCAUUUGAAAUGGAAAUGUCUCAAGCUGGUUUUAGUGCUCAUUAUUCUCAGGAUUGGAUCAUGCUUGGAGCAGUUGGAGCAUAUGACUGGAAUGGCACAGUGCUAAUGGUGAAGGACAGUGGUAUUUCAAUGCCAACUAAUGACACCUUUCGUGACAGGACUUCCGAGAGAAACGAACCACUUGCAGCCUAUCUAGGAUAUACUGUGAAUUCAGCACUGACAUCUGGAGGUGUACUGUACAUAGCAGGACAGCCACGAUACAAUCACACUGGCCAAGUUAUCAUUUAUAAGAUGGAAGGAAAAGAGGUGCAAGUAAUUCAGAGAUUAAAUGGAGAACAAAUUGGGUCAUACUUUGGGGGUGUUAUUACCACAGUCGACAUCGAUAGGGACUCAUUUACAGACCUUCUUCUUGUUGGAGCUCCUAUGUAUAUGGGAACUGAGAAAGAGGAGCAAGGGAAGGUAUAUGUUUACAGUCUGAACAAGACAAAGUUUGAAUAUCAGAUGAGUCUCGAGCCUGUAAAGCAGACAUGCUGUUCACCGUUAAAACAGGACACCUGCAAGGUUCUUAAGAAUGAGCCUUGUGGUGCCCGCUUCGGGACUGCAAUUGCUGCAGUGAAGGAUCUCAAUCUUGACGGAUAUAAUGACAUUGUAGUAGGUUCUCCCUUAGAGGAUGACCAUCGGGGAGCUGUUUAUAUUUAUCAUGGCCGUGGCAAAGCAAUCAGUAAAAAAUAUUCACAGCGUAUUGCAUCAGGUGGAGAUGGGGAAAAAGUGAAAUUUUUUGGCCAGUCUGUGCAUGGAGAAAUGGAUUUAAACGAUGACGGGCUGAUUGAUGUUACCAUCGGAGGCAUUGGUGGGGCUGCCCUCUUCUGGUCUCGUGAUGUGGCUGAAGUAAAUGUUUCCAUGCAAUUCACACCUAAAAGUAUCAAUAUCCAACAACAAAAUUGCCAGAUAAAUAAAAGAAAAACAAUAUGUAUAAAUGCCACAAUUUGUUUUAAGACCAGACUAAAGUCAAAAGAAGAUAUAUUUGAAUCCAGUAUGCAGUAUUGGAUUACUCUUGACUCACAAAGACAGAUAUCUCGAAGCUUGUUCACAGAAAGCCAUGAGAGGAAAAUGCAAAAAAAUAUAACUAUCAAAGGGUCAGAAUGUACUAAACAUAACUUCUACAUGUUGGAUAAGCCUGACUUUCAGGACUCUGUAAAGGUUUUGCUGGAGUUCAAUUUUUCUGAUCCAGAGAGUGGACCUGUUCUUGAUAGCAACCUGCCAAAUUCAAUAUCUGAAUACAUUCCUUUCACAAAAGAUUGUGGAGCCAAGAAUAAAUGCAUUUCAGAUCUUGUUCUUAAUGUAAAAGCAAGCAUAGCAGGAGACAGCUCUUCUCCAUUCAUUGUAAAGUCACGCAAUGAUAAGUUCAUGAUCCAGCUCUCUGUGAAGAACAAAAAAGACAGUGCCUAUAAUACCAGAGUUUUGGUUCAAUAUUCUCCAAAUAUUAUUUUUGCUGGCAUUGAGGAUAUACAGAAAGAUAGCUGUGAAUCUAAUCACAACAUCACCUGUAAAGUGGGAUAUCCAUUUCUAAAACCUGCAGAAGAGAUUUCCUUCAAAAUAUCAUUUCAAUUCAACGCAUCGUAUCUCCUGGAAAAUGCUACUAUUCAUGUAUAUGCAACAAGUGACAGUGAAGAACCACCUGAGACGUUGAGUGAUAACAGAGGACAUGUUACAAUUCCAGUAAAAUAUGAAGUAGGAUUAAUCUUUGUAAGCAUUUUCAAAGAGCACCAUGUUAUAAUUGGGGCAAAUGAUACCAUCCCUACCGCUAUUAACACAACAGAGCAGAUCGGGGAUGAAGUUACUUUACAUUAUAGGAUUGAAAAAGGUGAACAUUUUCCAAUGCCAAACCUCACACUGCAGAUCUUUUAUCCCAACGUAACAGCAGCCAAGAACACUCUUCUCUACCUUACUGCAUUGUCACAUACCCAAAAUGCCAUCUGCCAAAGUAGUUACCCUGUAGAUCCCUUAAAGAUCAGCACUGGGAAACCAUUUGUGUUGUCAAAAAUAAAAGAACCUAUGAAGGAUACAAUUAUGGCCUGUGACACAUAUAGCUGUGCCUCUAUUAAUUGUGCCUUGGUCCCAUCUGACAUAUAUCAAGUGAAUGUUUCACUAAGAGUAUGGAAACCUACCAUCAUAAAAGCCAGUAUUCACAGCUUAACCCUUAUUGUGAAAGCAUUACUUAGGAGUGAGAACUCAUCAUUGAUUUUGAGAAAUGAUCAUCAAAAACUGGAGACCAUGAUUAAGAUUUCCAAAGAACUCCCACCGGGUACAGUCCCCUUAUGGGUUAUCCUCCUGAGUAUCUUUGCCGGACUCCUGAUUCUUGCACUGCUUAUAUUUGCUCUGUGGAAGGCUGGAUUUUUCAAAAGGCCUCUAAAGAAGAAAAUGGAGAAAUGAAAAGAAAAACCACAAAGCACAGAAAUUUUUGCUCAGGUCUGCCUCCAAAAUGUUACUGUAGAAUUAUAAACUUAGGUGCAGUGAUUACAAUGUUUUCUAAACUCUGGUGCAUUAAAAAAAACCCUAGAAGUAGAAAAACAAGAAGGAAAUCAAGCACACAUGCAAAGGAAUAAUGCAAAGAAAGAAUAAACAACCUUAUGGCAUUUUGUGAUACUCAAGAAUAUACUUUCAAGUGCUACUCAUUUUUGGAGAGUAACUGAAUUCAAAGAUUCUAACAUUUUUUAAUACGGAAAAUGUGUCAUCAUAUUUUUACGUGGGAUCAUUUAUUAUUCCAAAUUACACAAGAAUUCAGCUUGUGUGUAGCAAUCCCAGUCUUUUUUAUCACCUUACCAUUUUGGAAAGGAAAAAGCAUCAUUUUCAGAAUUUCUUUCUUAUGUCAGUUCUGUGAAAGCAGACUGUCAGUUCACAAGGCAGAAUAUGCAAACUUUGAGUGCACCAAAUACUGUAUGAUAGCUGAUGCAAUGACAAUUCAGAAGACAGAAGCACCUCCAGAAUUUUGCAUGAAAAUUACUGAAAUUGGAUUUCUUGGAUUUCUCCUUCUGCCUACUGUAGCAUGUCCCGCUGAACCCAGGAUACUCCAAGGAAGAGAUAUUUAUGGUCAAGUGGACCAUAAAGGAUUGACCCGUUAAAUAACUGUUUGAACUUGAAACAGAUUUUUGGCAGGCCUAAAAAUGUAUGCACAAACAGUCAAGCCCAUCUGAUUGCACACUGUAUUCAAAUAAGCAGGAGCACAACUGUAUCUGCAAGUAGAAAUACCCAUAUUUAUGCAGAAGAUGUUUAGAAGCACCCUGAAAGUUUGACUCUUGCUGUAUAUCUUGGAGUAGCCAGGAGAGUGCUUUAUAAACUGUCACUGUAAAUUUAGUGUGUAGCUAUUUAAUCCAAUGAAUUUAAAGUGUACAAAAUGAUAGUUAAUAAAAGAGCACAGAUAGAAAAUUCAGCACUGGCAAGCUUCUUCUAGUAUUAUAAGUCACACCUCAUCGUUAUUACUUAUGAGUUUAAAAAUUGAUGCAGAAUUUGCAUACCAAAAGCACUUAAAAAUGAUGUUUAUUUUUGUGAAAGAUUAAAAGUUUAUAUGAGAAUACACUGAAAUGUAGAUAGCAAAAUGUUUCUUUAAGAAAUUUUUUCUUUCUAUUUAGAUCAUUUAGUUUCCUCCUUUCUUUUGUGUGCUUGUCUCCCUGGGGCACUUUGCUGUGCCUUGUCCUUGAGAGCUUCCUAUAUUACUUGCAGUCACACAAAAUUAACAAAAGAAAAAUGAGGCAUGCUGGCAAAGUGUGAUGCUGCCUCACCAUGAGGGGGCUCAGUAUUGGUUGCCAAUAGAUCAGAAAAUAUUGAGGAGACUUACUAAGUUCUAUAAAAUGUACUUUUUUGCAGAAAAGCUUUGCCUUGCCAGGGAAGUCAGGAAAAUUGGUUCCUCUUCUUGGG